UGUUCCUCGCCUACUGCCCGAAGAUGACUGGGGUAGGCUCCAGUUUUAGUUCCAUCUGACUUCUUAUCUGUCUGUCAGGGUGCCAGGAUUACGUCUGUCCAUUUUCGGACAGGUGGCUUCUGUCUGCCCCCUGCUGGAGAUCUCAGGAACUUCCUUCUUCUUCUUGACACUGUCAGACGAGAUGCACACACUACCCGUCCUGGUCAAGAACAACAGCAAGCUGUGGUGGGCGCAGUGCGUGUCGUUGGGCGAGUCCGUGUGCGUGACAGCGUUGCGUGUGUGUGUCCUACGGCCAUGGGGAGAGAAGAACAUCCUUUGCGCGACCGAUAACUCCGAAAUACACAAGACGCACGAUCGACGGCGCCCGCCGGCCGAGGACACGCCGCCGGACCCACCUCCCUUGCCGCCAACGUCAGAGCCCAGGAGAUGCGAGGGCGAACCGGACGGCAGGAUCAAAGAGUCUCAAGUCAUCAACUACCAGGGGACAGUCACAGAGGUGGUGAGCGCGGGAGCGGGGCUUUACGUGAUGGACAGGAAGCGAGGACUGUGCCUGGCCUAUCAGCCUGAGUUGAAGAGGAAGCUGCGAGUUGGCGACGCGCUGGCGCUCCAUCACGUUCACUUCCUGUACCAGCCGUGUCCAGACUUCCCUCCUCCCAGCAUGCUUUGCACUUGCCUGCGCUCCACUGUGACGGUGACAAAGUUUAGCGCCGUUCUAGCCUCGGACUCGAACCGCAAUUGCCCUGACGACGGCGUGUUGCAGAGGUUACUGGUAGAGAGGAACCCGGAUGUGUCCCGGUACCUGUGGACGUGCCACCUUUGCUCGCAGCUUCAACACAGCUUGCUCCCCAGUACGUCGCCACAGUGCACGUGCCUGUUGUCGUGGAAACUGAUGGAGGUUGCGUUUGGACAAGGACAACGACGCAGAAGAGACAUCUAUGCUGAGAUGUUGGACAAGCCCCACACUUGUCCGCUGACAGAGGUAGACCCUCCACAGCAACAACACUAUAUCACGAGGCAUCAUUUUUUUUUUUUUGUGUGUGUGGUGUUUUUUUGCAUAUACGAAGCUAUUAACAUGCAAUACUCCCAUCUCAGAAUAUACCGUAUUGGCCCGAGCAUACAAAAUGAAAUGAGUAAAACAUGCCUAAGGUAUAAAAUCUUAAUAUGCAAAAGGUGGAGGAACAUUUGUGUGGGUCUGAACCUUGACAAAUGGGCAAAAGGUAAAAUGGAGAUACAAAAUCUUAUUUUGCUAUUCAAAAUGUGUGCUUCUCACCUACUGGGCCACAGACAGCGCCCCCUGCUGCUUGUGGGAGUGCUGGAACUGCCGUCAGGCGCGUCCCUACAUACGCUGCAGCUGAGAGACCGCACAGGAGCCAUCGCCUGCGUCAUCACGGAAACGACCCAGGAAGAGGCGGCAGGCCACAGCGGGGCCUUCAAUACUGCAUGGAUAGGUUGUCUUGUGUGUGUCCAGCAGUUCACCAUGGUAACGGAGCGUUUCCUCCAAUCAGAUUUCCCCUCUUACCAACACCUGAAUCAGCAUAAGUUCAUCACACACAAACACUGCAGCAUUUACCUCCAGUUCUCCCAGGAGAGCAUUCACAUUUUGAGUCCAUCCGUUGCCAUGGAAAUGCACCUGCGUGACAAAGGGGAGGAAUCGGGGGAAGAAGAAGAAGAGAAGGAAACUGUGGCGAGGAAGCGAAGACGAACGGCCGAGGACCCAGAGCCCUCGCGGCCUUUGCGGCCUUCGCCUGUUCCUGCGACAAGCUGUGUCUCGGUGGUCCUUCGGGUUGAGCAGAAGACCGGCGUGAUGUGGCGGGAGGAUGCAGAGGCGUCUUUUUCCGUCACAGCGACUGUGAUCGGGCCGGUGAAGGCCUGGGGGCGGGACCCCAAAAACAGGCCAAUGAAAGACUUUGAGACAGGCAAUGAGAAAAAGGUGACCCUGUUGUGUUCCGGCGCGUCGGCUCGCUGGUUUCCUCUCCUGCAGCCGGGACGCGUCUACAGACUGGUGGCGAGCGGCACGCACGACGUCGGCGUUCUGGCGGCCGACGCCGGCCCUCGAUGGAGCCAGGACGUCACCCUGCCAGUCCAGCCCGAUUGGAAGUUCCACACGCUAACCCGACUCCUCGCACACGCAUGUCACUGCAGCACGGUGUCGCAAGUUCUAGACGGCAGUGCCGAUGUGGUGUCUUUUCAGGGUUUUGUCUCAGACCGAAUCAAUCUAAAUGACAGUACCAGGGAUGCUGGACACACAAACAUUGGUGUGCGUCUUACAGUGUGUGACCAAAGUGGACGAAGCCUCCAUGUCUUCCUGAACUUCAACCGUAACCAGUAUCCGCCUGGCCUGUUACCGGGAAACACACUGCUGAUGUCUGCUUUCCGCAGGAGGGUAUCCAGGUCGGGACGCGUGUAUUGCAGUAACAUAGCAGUCAGCUGGGUAGCAGUGUUGCGGGUUCGAGAUGAGAGGUUGGAGGACCGCCCACCCGCUCCCAUCAUGCACCUGGCCCUGUGGACACGGCACAGCCGCACCGUGGGCCGAGUCAAGGGACAUGUGGUGUGUUUCCUCUUCAUGCAGCUGCAGUGGAACUGCUUUGAGUGUGGCAGUGUGUACGCACAGUCAUCUUGCAGUGGCCAGUGUCUCUCGCCCUCGGCUGUCUUUGACUGCACCGUCAAGUUGGUCAUGGAGGAUGGCACAGGACAAGCUCACGUCCAGUUCACCGGGGCGCUCGUGCGCCAGCUGCUGGGUCUGAACUGUCCCCAGUGGGAGGGGCUUCAAAGAGCAGUGAAGGCCAGAGGACACAUCCAAGUGUACCCCCGCGGGCGGAGCCAGACGUGCGAUGACAGGCUCCUUGACUUCCUGUUGUUGUGCGCGGAAGGCGUCAACUCGUUGUUUCUGACCUGCAUCAUAGACAACCAGGCCAAAGAAGAGGUCAAAAGGUUGAGACGUGGCAAGAGGGACUUCCUGACGAGAAUGGCGCCCCCCCUCAAACUCACCUGUCAACAAAUUCACUGAGCAAUGUCAAUUCGUCUCUGCUUGCUCUCCGUGGCAACAGCCAACAAAACAGAAAGUCACGUGAUGUUUACAAAUGUUAAAUAAAGUGAAGUGAAACAA